UUAAAUCUCCCUCCCCAACCCCAUUCAUCCCUUGAGAUCCGUCCGAGAAACCCACUUGGAGUCUCUCCUUCCAGCUUUCAGGUCACGAUCCCGGUCCCAUGGUCCCCCCCGGAGUCAUGGCCUGGGCGGCCUUCAUCGUCCUCGUCGUCUCCGCGGCGGUGCUCCCCUCUCCUGCAACCGCCGAUGGCGUCGGCGUCAACUGGGGCACCAUGAUGUCCCACCCGAUGCUUCCGACCACGGUGGUCCAGAUGCUCAAGGACAACGGGAUCAGGAAGGUGAAGCUGUUCGACGCCGACCCCUGGACCGUGGGCGCCCUCGCCGGGACCGCCAUCGAGGUCAUGCUCGCCAUCCCUAAUGACCAGCUCCAGCGCAUGUGCAAGCACAAGCACGCCGCCGAGUGGGUGAAGGAGAACGUCACCCAAUACGACCAUGAAGGCGGUGUUCAUAUCAAGUAUGUGGCUGUAGGGAACGAGCCCUUUCUCAAGAGUUACAAUGGCUCCUUCAUCAACUCCACGUUCCCUGCGCUCAAAAACGUCCAAAGUGCUCUCGACGAGGCCGGAGUCGGUGACCGGAUCAAGGCCGUCGUGCCCUUGAACGCAGACGUCUACUUCUCCCCUGCCAAUGACCCUGUUCCAUCCGCAGGAAGCUUCCGCAAGGACAUCGAGGAGCUAAUGGUCGACAUCGUCCGCUUCCUCAACUCCAACGGCGCGCCUUUUGUGGUCAACAUUUACCCGUUCCUUAGCCUCAACCAAAACCCCAACUUCCCCGUCGAGUUUGCUUUCUUCGACGGCGGAAGCCAGCCGGUCACCGACAAAGGGGCCCAGUACACGAAUGUGUUCGACGCGAACUACGACACCCUGGUUUGGUCCGUGAAGAAGGCGGGUGUGCCGGACAUGAAGAUCACGAUCGGGGAGAUUGGGUGGCCAACCGACGGCGUCAAGAACGCAAACGUAGACUACGCCAAGAGGUUCUUUGAUGGGUUCUCGAGGAAGAUGGCAAAGAAGGAGGGCACGCCGCUGCGGCCCGGGCCACUCGACUUCUACCUGUUCGGCUUGCUCGACGAGGACAUGAAGAGCGUGCUUCCGGGGAACUUCGAGCGCCACUGGGGCAUCUUCACGUUCGACGGGAAGCCCAAGUUCCCGAUGGACUUAUCGGGCAAGGGGAAAGACGAGUACCUGGUCGGCGCCAAGGGAGUGCAGCACCUACCGGCGCAGUGGUGCGUGCUGAACGUGGAGGAUCGCGGCAACUUCAGAUCGAUACCUUCGAGCGUGAACUAUGCCUGUGCCAACGCCGACUGCACGGCGUUGGGGUAUGGCUCCUCGUGCAAUGGGCUGAGCUCCGAAGGCAACGUCUCCUACGCAUUCAACAGCUACUUCCAGACCAUGGAUCAGGACGUCAGGGCGUGCAACUUCGAUGGGUUAGCGACGAUCGUGACCACAAACAUGUCGACGGGGAGCUGCCUGUUCCCGGUGCAGAUACUUAGCAACGCACAGAAGACAGCAGCGCUGAGCUUCAUGGCCUUGCUGAUGACAGUGGCUGCAGCGGGGCUUGCAUAGAAGAGGGGAGCCAUCGAUCCAUCUUUACCUCGCAAACAAGAACACAGGAGCUUGAUGGGUUAAGUGCUGGAGAUACGAAGCCCGAGGUACACUCGAA